CUUGGUGUCAGGAUGGACCAAUCACAGUCGAGAUGGUGCUCAUCAGAGCGUUUACUGGGGUUCACGUGUAAAUCGAAACCAACAAUUCAUCUUGUGAUAAAAGCGCAUUUCUGAUCGCUGCAAACCAAAGCUUCUGUCUUUUAUCUAUCGGUCAUUUGGAGAUUCAGAAACCAGAAUGUCCAGCACUGUCAUACCCAUGACCUCUUCAACGCUCGUCAUCCAGCUGCAACCGCUAACACAAUCAACAAAUGCUCCUGUUUAUGAACAGCAGGUGGCAGGAGUUUCACCUCUUCAUGGACUUCAGGCAUUUCUCAAAGGCCAGCCGAAAGCCCUUGGGACGGUCCAGAUUAUGAUCGGUCUGCUGACUCUCCUGUUUGGCAUUGUGUCUACAGUUUUUGCAGAUCUUAUCUUUGUCGUUAGUGGUCUUCCUUACUGGGGAUCUGUCAUCUACAUUACUGCAGGCUCACUCUGCAUUGCUGCCGAAAAUAAAAUUAAUUCACCCUCCAGUUUGUGUUUGGUGAAUGCUUCACUUGGAAUGAACAUUUUCAGUACUAUAACCGCCGGCAUUGCCAUUAUUUUAACCUCUCUGGAUAUGGUUAUAGGGCCAUUCACUAACUGCUAUGAUUAUGACUGUUACUAUUUAGAAAGAAAGUAUGAGACUCUCUUCAGGGGAAUCAGAGGAGUGUUGCUGUUAUUCUCUGUGCUUGAGUUUAUCAUCUCCAUCUGUCUGUCAGCAUUUGCCUGUAAAGCCACUGGCUGCUGUUGCUCUCCUCAGGUGCAGUUUGCUCAAGUUUUAGCACCACAGCCAAAUGAUUUCCACAAUCUUAACAGCUCAGAGAUCCCUGUGGCCAGCUGCGCUUCCGUUCAUCAUCAUCUUGCAGAUGUUCCUCCACCAUACAAUGAAUUCAAAUAAACAUAAAUAAGUGGACAGUGUUCCCUUAUGAAACAAAUAUAUGGGAAGGCGUUGUAUAUUAAAUAAUGCUUUCCAUAUAUGGUAAACCAGUGCUUAUAUUUUUCAAUAUAUUGCAAACGCUGAUUUGAUGCAUAUAAAAUAAUACAUGGAAUUGUUUUAUUGAAACACCUGAUGCAUUCAUUCUGUAUGUAUUAUUUCAUAUAUUGUAAUAUACUAGCACAAUAUAUUAUUUAGUAUUUUUUUCAGUAUGCAUAAAGCAGUUUAUUAAUGGCUAGUAUACCACAUAUUUUCUUUUUUCAAGGGUUGUGGUCCUGCACUAGUGUGUGAUGAUUUUGUGUAACACACUUGUUUUUCCUCUGUCCAUCUCUCAAUAUAAAAUAACAAUAUAAACCGAGAGUAUAGAAAAUCAUUCAAAAUAAUAGUCUCUUGACAUAAAAACAUAGGAAACAUGUGGCACUUAUAACACUUACAAAAUAUACAGUUUAAAUGUUAUGUACUUACUUCACAUCAAGGAGAAACAAAAUCCAGAAUUGUAUUCAAUUUAUACUCAAAUGCUUGUUUACACUACAUAGUAAUAAAGCAUUAUGAUCGUUAUAACCA